CAUUCCUUCUUCACCGACUCCGUCCACACCUUUGGGAAUCCCUGGACCUGCUGGGUUGGACCCCAACAAGAAGGGACAGGAAAAAUAAAUUUCAAUGACUUCUUGACUGUGAUGACUCAAAAAAUGUUUGAGAAAGAUUCCAAAGAAGACAUCCUGAAAGCUUUCAAGCUCUUCGAUGAUGAUGAAACUGGGACCAUAUCAUUUGACAAUCUCAAACGUGUAUCCAAUGAGUUGGAUGAGAACAUCACUGAUGAGGAGCUGAAGGAAAUGAUUGAUGAAGCUGAUCGAGAUGGAGAUGGGGAAGUCAAUGAGGAAGAUUUCCUGCGUAUCAUGAAAAAGACCAGCCUUUAUUAAAAGUAUUCUCUCCUGUUGCAAGCACACACAACUAGUUUUAGUGCCUGUUAUUGUGUGAAACCUGGUUUUUGAGAACACAAGUGUUUUUUCUCCACUAACCUCCCUGUAUACCUUUAGUAACAACCUCACAUCCAUUUUCAAUUUUUGUAAGUGUUUUUUGACAAUAUAGUUCUUUGUGAGGUGACCUGCUGCUUUCUUUAAUUCUCCAAAACAGAACAAGAGCACAUUAGAGCAUUUACCCACUUGCCAUUCUACCUUGUAUUGCUUCACUCUUGUCAUGCAGUCCCACAUUUAUGCCACCAUAGAAAGACUUCUCAGACAAACACAUGUUGUAACUUUGUCACCACAAACAGCAGGCAUCUCUACAAUGGUUCUGGUUU